UAGCCGGAGAGGACAAGGGCAGGAGGCACCAUGAGUGGGGGCCCUGCGGGAGGCAGGCCUGGGGGCCGUGGAGGAGCUGGGAUUCAGCAGAACAAACCUUCCACCCUCCUCCAGGACCACGAGAACCAGCGACUCUUCGAGAUGCUUGGACGGAAAUGCUGGACACUGGCCACUGCGGUUGUUCAGCUGUACCUGGCGCUACCCCCUGGAGCCAAGCACUGGACCAAGGAGCAUUGUGGGGCUGUGUGCUUCGUGAAAGAUAACCCCCAGAAGUCCUACUUCAUCCGCCUUUAUGGCCUUCAGGCUGGCCGGCUGCUCUGGGAACAGGAGCUGUACUCACAGAUAGUCUACUCCACUCCCACCCCUUUCUUCCACACCUUUGCUGGAGAUGACUGCCAAGCAGGGCUGAACUUUGCAGACGAGGGCGAGGCCCAGGCCUUCCGGGCUCUGGUGCAGGAGAAGAUACAAAAAAGGAAUCAGAGGCAAAGUGGAGACAGACGCCAGCUACCCCCACCACCAGCACCAGCCAAUGAAGAGAGAAGAGGAGGGCUCCCAUCCCUGCCUCCCUCAUACCCAGGUGGAGACCAAGGUGGCCCACCAGCUGGCUCACUGUCCCUGGGACUGGUGACAGUGGACAUCCAGAACCCAGACAUCACAAGUUCACGAUACCGUGGGCUCCCAGCACCUGGGCCUGGCCCAGCUGAUAAGAAACGCUCAGGAAAGAAGAAGAUCAGCAAGGCUGAUAUUGGUGCACCCAGUGGAUUCAAACAUGUCAGCCACGUGGGGUGGGACCCCCAGAAUGGAUUUGACGUGAACAACCUGGACCCGGAUCUGCGGAGCCUGUUCUCCAGGGCAGGCAUCAGCGAGGCCCAGCUCACCGAUGCCGAGACCUCCAAACUUAUCUAUGACUUCAUUGAGGACCAAGGCGGGCUGGAGGCUGUGCGGCAGGAGAUGAGGCGCCACGAGCCACUUCCACCGCCCCCACCACCAUCCCGAGGAGGAGGGAACCAGCCCUCCCGGCCCCCUACUGUGGGGAGUAACAAGGGUCGUUCUGGUCCACUGCCCUCUGUACCUUUGGGAGGUGCUCCACCCCCACCAACUCCCCGGGGACCUCCACCCCCGGGACGAGGGGGCCCUCCACCCCCACCCCCACCAGCCACUGGACGUUCUGGACCACCACCCCCUCCACCCCCUGGAGCUGGGGGACCACCCGUGCCGCCACCACCACCACCACCACCACCACCACCCAGCUCUGGGGACGGGCCAGUUCCUCCUCCACCCCUUCCUACUCUGGGGCCUUCCGGGGGCCCGGCCACUGGUGGGGGUCGAGGGGCACUUUUGGAUCAAAUCCGGCAGGGAAUUCAGCUGAACAAGACCCCUGGGGCUCCAGAGAGCUCAGCGCUGCAGCCGCCACCUCAGAGCUCGGAAGGGCUGGUGGGGGCCCUGAUGCAUGUGAUGCAGAAGAGAAGCAGAGCCAUCCACUCCUCCGACGAAGGGGAGGACCAGGCUGGCGAUGAAGAUGAGGACGAUGAAUGGGACGACUGAGUCGCUUCCCCCUACACCUGUUCUGUGCCCACUCCUGUGGCAGCCGCUGCUCGCUGCCCUCCACUCUCGGCUUCCAGGCCCCCAAAUCCCGUUUCUUCCCCACCACCCCCUUCAGUGCUGUUAUCUCUGACUGGCCCCGACACAUGCCCUAGCAAUAGCUGGGGCCCUUUUUAUACAAAAUUUCUCAGUUCUCCUCACUCAAGAAUUUUUAAACAAAAAUAAAAUAACUGUC